ACUCCACAACCAGUCUGUUUUUAUUCUAAUUUUUCUUUUUAUUCCAGCACUUUUGGGUCUUACUCAGGUUUCAAGGCUGCAUCUCCUACAUUGGGGUGGAUUUAGCCAACACGGAAAUAUGAGCUUUUUAUUUGGGAAUCGCUCAUCUAAGACCUUCAAGCCCAAGAAGAAUAUUCCGGAGGGCUCUCACCAGUAUGAGCUGUUAAAGCAUGCUGAGGCCACGCUUGGCAGUGGCAACUUGCGGAUGGCAGUGAUGUUGCCAGAAGGGGAAGACUUGAACGAAUGGGUAGCAGUUAACACUGUAGAUUUCUUUAAUCAGAUCAACAUGCUGUAUGGGACUAUUACAGACUUCUGCACUGAGGAGAGUUGCCCAGUCAUGUCUGCAGGACCCAAGUAUGAAUAUCAUUGGGCAGAUGGAACCAACAUCAAAAAGCCAAUCAAAUGUUCAGCACCCAAAUACAUAGACUACCUGAUGACCUGGGUUCAGGACCAGCUUGAUGAUGAGACCCUUUUUCCUUCCAAAAUAGGUGAACAUGGUUUUCUCUCCCACACACACACACUGUAUGUCUCAUUCCUUCCUUCUCUGUUCUGUCUAGGUGUACCCUUCCCUAAGAACUUCAUGUCAGUGGCUAAGACCAUUCUGAAGCGCCUGUUUCGUGUGUACGCUCAUAUCUACCACCAGCACUUUGACUCUGUCAUGCAGCUGCAGGAGGAGGCACACCUUAACACCUCCUUCAAACACUUCAUCUUCUUUGUCCAGGAGUUUAACCUGAUUGAUCGGAAGGAACUUGCACCACUACAGGAACUGAUUGAGAAACUGACCACCAAGGAUAGAUAGAUGGAGAAAAGGAAAGGAAGACUGAUCCCCUCAUCCUGUCUCUGCCCUGCUCCAUGCUCCUUCUGUCUUUUUUUGCUUUGUCCACAUACCCUUCCCUGAUCGUAGCCCAUCAGCACGUCUUAAGCUAGCUCUGUCUAGAGGGUAACACUAUUUUAUAACAACAGGGAAAGGGUUCGCAGGAUGCUAAAAAGGGAGCUAGCUAGCUAUGCUAACUCGUAACCAGUUACCCACACAGCUAAGGGGCAGUUUUUCGGUGAUUAAAUAACCCUUUUCCAUUGGCUAAAUGAAAUCAGAAGUAUCUGUUGGUGUCUCCUCUUUGUCAAGGAAACCAGUUUUGUGCUGACAUUUUCAAGAUGGCUAUCAUGGGUAAACAUCUCACUACAGCAUCUCUGCUAGUGUGACUGUGUAUGUGUAUGACUGAGUGUAUGUGCUUUGCUCUGUGUUUAUAAGAAGUUGGGGCAUUCAGUAUAGAGGCUGACCACAAAAGAAGAUGACCUUCAGUUCAGAGAAAGUCUAUUUUCCUAUGCAAUACUGUUUGCGCUCUAUUUUCUAGUGUUCAUGUUGCACAGUAACACUACUCAUUGUUACCACUGUCCUCUUGAGUUAUUUCAUAUCAUUAAUUUCCGUGUCAUAUCUUUCUUUUAGCGUAUUGCAAUCCAGAAUAUUGCAGUGAAAAUGAAGAAUUGCUCAAUGAGCUUGUUUGAGACACUAGUUUAAUGAUGAAUUACUGAAAUAUAGAUGCAUUGGCACUACAGUGGGGAGUGGAGUACAGAGACCUUAAAGGAAAAGUUAACCAAUUUGCCAUCUUUUCACUUUUGUUUUCUUACCUUGACACCACUCUGUAGUUAGAUGUGUGAUGCUUUCUAUUCACUGUAAUAGCUGAGUUAUAAAAGUCUGGUAUAUAGAGAGAGUGUCAUCAGUGCUGGAAACUGUGGGGGUAGAUGAGCCUGAGACAAGGUUGUUCAGUUCUCUGGCCCUUCUCUGCCUCAUAUAGCUGGAUAUGAUCGGAGUAUGGGCAGGCUCGUGUCAGGUCCUGAGAACUCAGCUAUGACAGCUGAACAUAUCAGACCCCCUUAGAGAAUUGUGUUAAGGUGAUGAUACGAAACGUGUGAAAAUAUGAAAAAAUUGUGGGCGCUUCCUUUAAUGUACAUGGUAGCACAGCUUUUGUUGAUUUAGAUAAACUGAUUAUUUUAAAGAAAUCUAUAUACUAAGAACUUAGAGAGCACAUGUCAUUCCUUCUGUUAUGACCACUGAGGGGGUAGUGUUUUUGAAUUGAAAGGGACCUUUGUUCCAAACUUUAAAAAUAAACGUGUCAAGGACUAAGAUCAUUUCCUAGUGUUUCAGUAGGCAUGCCUUCUUAGGACUUUUGAUUUCCCCAUGUUGUUUUGUACUUUUUCACAAUGUGUUACAGCUCCAAACCUUAUUAGAUUUUGUUUUUGAGCAUUUUUUUUUGUCAGAAUAUUUUGGUGAGCGUAUAUAUAUGACUUGUGAAAGUGAUGAAUUAGUAUAUCAUGAAUGUAACAGUUUGAAUAAGAGAUGGUUAUUUUCUUGGGCUUCAUUGCAGUAACAGUGCCAAUGGGUCAAGUAUUUUAUUGGACUGAUUUUAACAAUUUGUAUUAAACCAUAGCGGUUUGCCACUUAAAUAGAUGUAUAUUUUUUCCCUUGGCUGUACUAUAGAUAGCAUUUUUGAUUAGGAUGUAAAUACAAUACAGAUAUGACAGCUGAAUCAGGCAUUUAAAUGAAGUAAUAUUAGUGUUCUUGUUUGUUAUCUUAUUUUAAGAUAAACAAUAAGUGUACAUAAAGCCAAUAAAUGGUUUGAAAGAC